AUGUCAUUUCCACCCACCCCCACCGGCGAGAGCAGCUCUCACUCCGGUAACUGCCAUUGCGGUGCCGUGCGAUUCAACUUCAAACUAUCGCCGCCCCUGUAUGAAUACCCUACCAAUAGCUGCAACUGUUCCAUCUGCACAAAGAACGGCUACUUGUUCGUCUACCCGUUCAACAAGGAUUUUACCAUCGAACAAGGCGAUACGCUCAAAGAUUAUCUCUUUGCCGAGCACAGGUCGAAGCACCAAUUCUGCGGGGUGUGCGGAAGUAGUUGCUUCAUCCGUAUUCUGGAAGAGGGAGCACCACCGAUCUCUGCCGUCAAUGUACGACUACUACAGGACAUUGAUAUUGAGAAACUGAAUCUCAACAAGUGUGAUGGAAGGUCGGUCGGGCCAGCGUACAAGUUUUAG